AUGUUGAUCCAUGUUGUGGGGCCUGGCUCAAGAACCUUUUCACAUCUUAGCUUGGGUAUUCCACGUAUUCCACCCGGGGUUUGUCCUUUGCCACGGCCAAACGGCAUCGGGUGUUGCCACAGAAUUGCAAUGCAGCUGAGCACUGACCUGGUACGCCUGGUAGCUGGGUGGAGACCUGGCAGUGCGCUGGUGCUUCUUCUGCUUUCUCUUGUGCAUUUUGUGCAGUUGGUUGCCACAGACGAUUGUUCGCAGCUGGGAGCGGCGACCCUGUCCGCUGGUCCUCGUAUCAAAUGGGAUCAUGAGUGGCAGAGCUUUGCCAAACAGACUUUACAAGCUGCUCGAACUCCUUUGGGCAGGACAUUCAGCAUUCAGACGCUGGCUAAUGGAGGCCGCUUUGCUUUUUUCCAGAGUCCGAGAGGUCCAAACUACUUGGAAUGGCAGACUUUGGCUGAUGGCCAUACUCUUGGCACGCCGCCGCAUCCAUUCUACAUGCCUCUGAAUCAGAGCCGUUUUGCAUGGCAACAGUGCCAUGAGACAAUAGCAGACCCAAUUUUCGUCUACAGGGGCUUUGUUCCUCAAAACUUCCAGUAUGGGCACAUCCUGAUGGAUGUUUUGCCCGUGGUGGUGCAUGUAUUGACAGAGAAGCCAGCGGCGAAGAUCGCGAUUCAACUGGACCCAGACUCGAGCGUCAAACGCUUCAUGGAAUGGUUUUUGCCAGAUUUUUUUGAUCGGCUCGUCUUCGUGCCUGUUGAAACCUUGGUUUGUGCAGAGAAGGAACUUCUUUUCCUUCAGCCUGAAAGCCUAGAAAUUUCCAGACCAGAGCGUUUGCGCAUUUCGGAGUUGUCCUCAGCUUUGCAUCAGUUCAGCCUUCGAACACAUCGACAGUUCAAGGUGGAGAAGGUCAUCUACUACAAACGCCAGCGGGCCACUGCCAGGCACAGCCGGCUGUUGGAGGAAGCUGAGUCUCAGACUUUGCUCGAGCUCGCGGAGAAAACCCUAAGAGCUCACAACCGAUCAGACGAAAUUGUGUCUUUCACUGGCGCAUCUGCUGAUGGCACAUCAUUAAGCUUUAAAGAGCAGUAUCGACUUUUCAAUUCGGCAUACCUUGCCUUCGGCCCACAUGGAGCUGGAAUGGCCAACGUGCUUUGGAUGCAAAGCUCCUGCGACCAGCUUCCAAGAGUGAUUGAGUUUAUGUGCUCCACAGAUGCAGCCGAUGUCCGGGGCUGUUUUGUUGCGAAAGACCGGAAGCGCUAUCCCCGACCCAUGAGCUAUUGGCGUUUGUACGGCGGGGCUUCCUGGAUCAAAUAUUUGAUAGUUUGGUUGUUGCGUCGUCACGAUCAUCCAAGUGACUUUGCCCGAGUGGACUUGGAUGGAUUUGAGCUCGCCCUCAACCAGGCCCAAUGGACAAAGGCGCAUCGGUCUGCCCUGAACCCUGUCGUGUCCAGUUUCCGUGGGUGCAAAGGAUCACUCACAGUGGCACGUCCUAAGGUGGUUUCUGUGCGUUUGGGUAAGCGCUCGCGACAGCUGCAUUGCACCCAUGCCACCGAGUUUCAUGAUCUCAAGGGGCGUCAGGAAGGCCAUUUGCACAUCGAAGACCCUGUGGAGCAGAGUCGAAAUCUACGAGAUGUGCUCAGGUGCCACCCGGUGGACCACGAGCAGGUGCUAGUGUCCGAAAUGCGUUUGAUGGACAACCAGUGCAGACUGCAAGCUCAAGCGAUGAUCUGCACAGGGCAGAUGAUGUGGCCCAACAAUCAAAGAGACUUCACACCUAUGCCGAAUCUACCGUUUGGGCUUGAUCUUUCGCUCCUUCCUGCAGUUCCUCCAGUGCCUGCAGUUCCUCCAAUGCCUGCACCUCUUUGGCAUGCAGCGGGCAUGCACGGCUUUCAGCCUCCUUUUAUGCCGCCCAAUGGCAAGAAAUGGCACCCCAGGCCGAGAAAAGGAAGUUUUCAUUGA